CCCAUUCUUGUUGAUGAAUUAACGCACGUGCCCCCCGCCUGAAUGUGUCCGUGAUCCAACGGCGAAGAGCACGCGCCGAGGACCGAACGGUCAUCUGAACGGCCAUUGAUGGGCUCCACCGGUUCGGCCGAUCUUCUUCCGGUUUCAAAGGUUAAGCCGCCUGCCGCAAGAUCUAGCCAAUCAGCAAUUCAAAGCAACUUUCACGAAAUUGCCUCUCGAAACCCUUCCGCAGCCAUAAAUCCCCCGCCCACCAACCUCUGUAAUCUUCUGCUUACCUUCAAUUUCCGCCUAUAGGUCUCGUUGUCGUUUGGGGAGAAGAGAAAGAGGGGAGGUAACUACGCAUUGCUAGUCGUAAUUCUUAUAAUGGCUUUCUCCACUCUCCUAAGAUCCGCCAUUCCUCUUCCCGAAGCUUACCGUGAUUAUUUGCAUGCCGAUUCAAUAGUUCGAGCUCCGGAGCCGUUCAAGGUUUUUUGUCGGAGAAGGAGAUCUAGCGCCGGCUCUGCUUGCAUCCGUUCAAGUGCCUUACGUUCUACGCUUUCUUCGGGCGUGGUUUCAUUACAGGCAACUAGUGAAAUAAGCUUUCAGCCCGCCAAGUCCACAGCAACCGAAGCACCUCUGGUCGUUCCAAGAUCAUCAAGUGAUGGAAGGGCAAAGAUUGGCAUCAAUGGUUUUGGUCGUAUUGGGAGGUUGGUCUUACGCAUAGCUGUUUCAAGAGAUGACAUUGACGUGGUGACUAUCAAUGAUCCAUUUGUUGAUGCUAAAUAUAUGGCAUAUAUGUUCAAAUAUGAUUCAACACAUGGUGUAUUCAAGGGAACCCUGAAGGUUGUGGAUGAGUCGACAUUAGAGAUCAAUGGAAAGAGAGUUGCUAUCACUAGCAAAAGAGAUCCAGCAGAGAUCCCUUGGGGUGAUUUUGGUGUUGAAUAUGUGGUUGAAUCUUCAGGUGUUUUCACUACCAUGGGAAAAGCAUCAGCUCACUUAAAGGGUGGUGCUAAGAAGGUGGUAAUAUCAGCUCCAUCAGCUGACGCACCUAUGUUUGUUGUGGGAGUGAAUGAGAAUACAUAUCAAUCAAGCAUGAACAUAGUUUCUAAUGCAAGUUGCACAACUAAUUGCCUUGCGCCCUUAGCUAAGGUGGUUCAUGAAGAGUUUGGUAUUGUUGAGGGUCUCAUGACAACCGUACACGCAACUACAGCCACACAGAAGACUGUUGAUGGUCCCUCAAUGAAGGACUGGAGGGGAGGCCGUGGAGCGAGUCAGAACAUCAUCCCUAGUUCAACUGGUGCGGCGAGGGCAGUUGGAAAGGUUCUUCCUGAGCUCAAUGGAAAGCUCACUGGCAUGGCCUUCCGUGUUCCAACACCAAAUGUUUCAGUCGUGGACCUAACUUGCCGGCUUGAGAAAGAUGCAUCAUAUGAGGACGUCAAGGCAGCUAUCAGGUUUGCAUCAGAGGGUCCCCUGAAGGGAAUCCUUGGGUACACCGAUGAAGAUGUUGUUUCUAAUGAUUUCAUUGGCGAUUCCAGGUCAAGCAUCUUUGAUGCUAAGGCUGGAAUGGGAUUGAGCUCUCAGUUCAUGAAAUUUGUAUCAUGGUAUGACAACGAGUGGGGUUACAGCAACCGAGUGUUGGAUCUGAUAGAGCACAUGUCCCUUGUCUGUGCUCAUAAUUGAAGCAUGAUUUUUGGGUAGAAACAGAUGCAAAUGAUGCUUGCUGCUUGCUUCUCCAAGAAUUUUUUCGAUGCCAACAUUUUUUUUAUUAUUAUUUAAUGGUUUUAUUUUUUAGAAGAGCAGGCUGCAUUUCUGAUUAAUAUGCCA